AGAGUUUUCAUAAGGGUCGAAGUGGAACAACAGCGCAUUAACAGUGCCGUGCGAUAAUCUCCUACGCAAACCUUUAGACCGGGAAUGGGAAAACUUUGUCGCUCCAGGUGUUUUGGACUGCAACUCCCACCAUUCCUAACAGCCUCAGGCCCUUUCCUUUUCCCCCUCAGCCGCUUAAGCGGCUGAGGGGGAAAAGGAAGGGGCCUGAGGCUGUUAGGAAUGGUGGGAAUUGCAGUCCAAAACACAUGAAGCAAAGGCCCAAGUUUGCCCAUGCCUGCUUUAAACCAAAGCAUUCUGUGGGUAGGAUUGCAGAGCAUCCUUUCCUUCCCGUCAGAUCAAAUCCGAUUUGCCCCCGACUUGAUUUUAGUUUUCAUUUCACAACCUCCUGAAGGUAAUACCACCCCUCCUUAGGGUCUCUUAGAUAACAUUAACUAAAAGUUGUUUUGUGGUUCAUUUAUUUCUAGAGAGAGGUCUCUUUCCACCGUGUUCCCUUGGCACCAAAAUCCUGGACUUUUAUUUUCCCCAACGGAAAAGGGACGCUCAUUUCAAAAAAGGCUUUGAAAAUCCCCUUUUUUCCAACGACCUGGGCCUUGUCGUUGGAUCUGAAUCUAUUUCCAAAAACUUGAAAGUCCGAGAGAAGUUGAGGAGGAGGGAAAUUAUCGGCACGUCGGUUGCAAUACUCCGUUGUUUUCGUUGUCGUUUUUUAACUACGCAAAGCGGUCAAUUUGCGUGCAAUAAUCCCCGAACCCAGUCGGGCGAAAAGCAGGAAACCGGGCACGAAAUGUGGUGUCGACCGAAGCAAUAAAACACGCAAAAAUAAAUUUUGGGAAGGGAUGGCGUAAACGGAAGAGGGGUUGGCUGGUUAUGUAAACCCUCCCUCGCUCCUCCAUUGUGCUGCUUAGAAUACAAAUCUGUACAAAAUUCUCUCUUCCCUGCAGAGAAUAAUAACCUUUCUUCCAUGCAAGCUUUCUCUUUCUCAAUAUAUAUAUAUAUAUAUAUAUAUAUAUAUAUAUAUAUAUAGUUUUCUAGACUACCUCUGUUCUGCUGCGUAGAAAGAAAGCGGCUCCUUUUUGUCGAGCCAGAACUUCCCGGGGAUGGCAGAUAAAUACUAAAGAAUAUAGAUGUUAUAUACCUAUAAAUAUAUAUAUAAAUAUAUUUUUAACAGGGCUACGUUUGUGGUUUGGGGUGGGGCGCGAGAUGUACAUUAGAUGCUAACGACACUAUUUUUCUUGUUCUCUCUUUUAAAAAAACGAUGAUAGUAAUAAUAAAAUGUGUUUCCACAACCCCGCCGAAAUUUGGGAUUUUGGAGACGCCGGCACGGGCAUCGUUCGUGGCCAAUGCGUCUCGAUGGGAAAGCAGUCCCUCGUAUCGGUCCGUUUUCAGGGUUUUUCAGAAAGCAAUGAAAUGAUCUGUUUGUGUUUUGUUCACAAAAUGGGUUCAGUCUCUCGAGAAUCCGGGAAGAAGAGCCUUUCCAAACUAUGCAAUUUUAAUCCUCGUCCGAGCCAUUUUUUGGGGUUGGGACGACGAGAAAAAAAAAGCCAAGUGUACUUAACAAAUAAUGUAUAUAUAUAUCUAUAUAUUUUUGGAAGGUUUUCUUGGUUCUGGGAUGCUCCUCGGGCUGCCUUAAAGUUGGGUCUAAAGAGCGGGAUCGAUGGGGGGGAAUCACGGGAUCUGUAACCAUUUUUGGCGACUUAGAAAAAGCAAGAAAAUUCAGAGCAAUGGCUGAAUUGUAUAAGAGGAUGUGAUAAGGGGAAGACUUAAGAGCAGUGGCUCCCAAACUCUCAUCUUCUAGGUCUUUUGGACUCCAACUUCCAGAAGUCGCAGACGCCUUGGCCAAAGACCAGGGAUUCUGGGAACUGAAGUCCGAAACAUUUGGAAGAGCAGUGUUUGGGAAAAAUACGUCAAGAGCAAUGAUACCCAAACUAACCUUCCAGGUCUUUUGGACUCUGACUCCCAGAAGUCCCAGCUGGUUUGGACAAUGACCAGGGAUUCUGGAAACUUGGAAGACCAGAGUUCGGGGAACACUGUCCUAGAGAUAAGAUCCAUCACCGUAUAAAAUGUAUAUGAUUAGGAUGUAAGGCGAGCAAAGUGUAACCUGGAGUCUUGUUUGUGGCUUCUUUGGAGGUCGAAACCUGUCCCCUUCUUCCCCUACUUAUCAGUCUAAGAGAAGCCUUUUAUUUGGAUACGUGAAGGGCUUCUACUCAAUUUUUGUGGCUGGAAAAAGCACUCAAAUAGCUUUCAAAAUACCUCCAGAAUUGGCAACGUUGGAAGGAUUGCUUUUAGCUCUGUAUCUGAAGAUCUUAAGGGCAACUUCGGAUAAAACGUGGACAUGUUUACUUACUUGAUGCCCCAAAUGAAGGGGAGAUUUGUCACGUUUUGGAGCCAUUUUAGAUGGAUAGAUUUUGGGAGGGAAUCAGCAGAUGAACCGGCUGCAUCUAUUGAGACACCUUCCGAUGCCUUUUGAAGACUUGGUUUCCAAAAUAAUUUCGGAGACAUUUCCAAAAACAUUUCAGAGAUGUUUCCAAGAACAUUGCGGAGAUGGCUCCAAAAAUGUUUUGGAGACAUUUCCAAAAGUGUUUUGGAGGCGUUUCCGAAAAUGUUUCGGAGACGUUUCCGAAAGUGUUUCGGAGACGUUUCCGAAAGUGUUUCGGAGAGGUUUCCGAAAGCAUUUCGGAGACGUUUCCAAAAAAGUUUUGGAGACAUUUCCGAGAACAUUGCGGAGACAUUUUCAAAAGCGUUUCGGAGACGUUUCCAAAAGUGUUUCGGAGACGUUUCCGAAAGUGUUUCGAAGACGUUUCCGAAAGUGUUUCGGAGACGUUUCCGAAAGUGUUUCGGAGAGGUUUCCGAAAGCAUUUCGGAGACGUUUCCAAAAAAGUUUUGGAGACAUUUCCGAGAACAUUGCGGAGACAUUUUCAAAAGCGUUUCGGAGACGUUUCCAAAAGUGUUUCAGAGAUGUUUCCAAAAGUGUUUCAGAGAUGUUUCCAAAAACGUUUCGGAGAUGUUUCCAAAAGCGUUUCGGAGACGUUUCCAAAAGCGUUUCAAAGACAUUUCCAAAAACAUUUCAGAGACAGCUCCAAAAAACGUUUCGGAGAUGUUUCCAAAAACAUUUUGGAGACGUUUCCAAAAACGUUUCGGAGAUGUUUCAAAAAACAUUUUGGAGAGGUUUCCAAAAACGUUUCGGAGACGUUUCCAAAAGCAUUUCGGAGAGGUUUCCAAAAACAUUUCAGAGACGUUUCCAAAAAUGUUUCGGAGACAGCUCCAAAAAACGUUUUGGAGACGUUUCCAAAAAUGUUUCGGAGACAGCUCCAAAAAACGUUUUGGAGACGUUUCCAAAAAUGUUUUGGAGACAUUUCCAAAACGUUUAGGAGACGGCUCCAAAAACAUUUCGGAGAUGUUUCCAAAAGCGUUUCGGAGACAUUUCCAAAACGUUUUGUGGACCAAAAAUUGGACACUGGGCCACAAAUUGAGCCCUGGAUCGUCCUUUUGAAACGAAGAAGGCCCAUAAGGAGCGGCUGUGUUUUUGAGAUCUAGAGAAUGGAUCUCACUCGAUCCACGAUGGUUAGGAAAUGAAAUGAUCAAACAAAUCCAUGCUUUGUUGCCGUCGACUGGAAAUCGCUUGUGCCUUUCUUUUCUCCGUCUCCAUCCUUCCCUCCAUCCUGAGAACGUGGUGGGAGUUGUAGUUUCCGAAACCUAUCUACGAGUGGAAGAUGGGCAUUCGUUGGGUGGAGUAAAUAGAGCAAAGGCUUUUCUUGGGUCGGAGAACUCAGCGCAUGCUCCGAUUCCAGGCUUAGGCCAGGUCUGUAAUGCGCACAGUAAUGCAAAUAUGUAUCUGCACCAGGAAUGGGCAAACUCUGGCCUUGUAGGUGUUUUGGACUGCAACUCCCACCAUUCCUAACAGCCUCAGGCCCUUUCCUUUUGCCCCUCAGCCGCUUAAGCGGCUGAGGGGCAAAAGGAAGGGGCCUGAGGCUGUUAGGAAUGGUGGGAGUUGCAGUCCAAAACACCUGCAGAACCCAAGUUUGCCCAUGCCCAAUGUAGAUGCACCCCCAGUUAUUAUAUAAGUCGCUUAGUGGCCAAAUAAGUAGACUAAACACUCAUUGCAUCCAAUAUCCGAGGCUAGUUUUGGCCCCUCUUUGCAAAAAGACAGUCUUCCCAAAGUUUCUCAAGUCCGGUUGAAUGUAUUGCGCCUCCCAUCGUCCCAGUUUUGUGCUAAUUUUCAGAUCCCGUAACCCUUUGAGUGCAUCUACCCUGCGGAAUUAAUGCAGUUUGAUAAUAAUAAUAAUAAUAAUAAUAAUAAUAAUAAUAAUAAUAAUAAUAUAUUUGUAUUCCGUGGAUCCCGUAACUCUUUGAGUUCGUCUACACUGGGGAAUUAAUGCUCUUUGAUAGUAAUAAUAUACUUUACUUAUAUUCUGCUCAGGGCGGAUUACGGAACACACAUGUAAUACCGUCAUACAAUCAACAAAGACAACACGGUCAGAUAGUAAAGGCAUUUCUCAUCUUAUUUGUCAUUUAUGUAUUUUAUUCUGUGUUAUUGUAAUUGUCUGGGUUUGGGCCCAAGUUAGCCGCCCUGAGUCCCUUCGGAGAGAUGGAGGCAGGAUACAAAAAUAAAAUAAUAAUAAUAAUCACAAUCUGCCAACUGCAAAAGGCCACCCUACUGGGAUCUGCACGCAUCAUCCGAAAAUACAUCACACAGUCCUAGACACUUGGGAAGUGUUCGACUUGUGAUUUUGUGAUAUGAAAUCCAGCAUGUCUGUUUUGUUUGCUGUGUCAUAAUAAAAUAAUAAUAAUAAUAAUAAU